AUGGAUCCUAAAAAGCGAAAAGUGGACAGUAAAAAUAGGAGGUUUCUAGAAGAAUGGACUGAACAAUAUUGUUUUACGCUGCUGGAUAGGCCUCAAACAGUUCCAGUGUGCAUUAUAUGCAAUAAAACUGUUGCUAUUGUUAAAAGUGGAAAUUUGAAGCGACACUAUGAAACGACUCAUCAGCAAUUCCACAAAAACUUUCCUCUUGGCAGUGAGGCUCGUAAAGAAAAACUUCAGGCACAUCUCCGUUCUUACAGUAAAAGCACAAAAUUACUAGUUCGCGUGCAUGAGCGACCAAGAUUCACAGAAGCAGCGUUACGUGUGUGCUGGACGCUUAAUAAACACCAGAAACCAUUUUCGGAUUCUGAGAUAGUGAAGGAAUGUAUGUUGGCAGCAGUCAUGGCACUUUUUGAAGAAAAAAAAGAUAUUGUCGCUGGAAUUCAAAAUAUUCCAUUAUCAGCAGGAAGCAAUACGCGAAGAACUGAAAUUUUAGCUGCUGAUAUUAAAAUCACCCUUUUCGAACUUCUGCAAAAGGCACCUUGCUACGCUAUAGCACUUAAUGUGUCAUGUGACAUUGUUGAUGAUGAGCAAAUGUCAUUUUUGUCAGAUUUCUUGACAUUGAGUCUAAAACUUUUAGGGAAGAGUUGCUAA